UCUUUUUUCUUUUCGGCGAAAUUGAAAACCUCAUAUACGAAGAGGGAAAAAUUCUUGUCAAAAAUAAAAGAGGGAGAAGAAAACGGUGUGCCCGUUAAACGCUAAGUAGUCGUUUGCAUAAUAAACGCCUCCGUGAAGAACACCCAUUUAGAACUGAGAUGGCUAAAAGAUUCAACUCGCAGCUAUUCGUCAGCAGAAUAUCAUUUUACACCACAAAUGAACAACUGAAGAGGUUGUUUUCGCCAUUUGGGGUAGUUACAGAAGCUAGGCUAGUUAAAGACCCAAGAACCGAAAGACCCAAAGGUUUUGGUUUUGUCACAUACGAAUCAGAGGCUGAGGCUCAGAAGGCUUUGAAGGCCAUGAAUGGCAGGAUAAUUGAUGGGAGGCUGAUUUUUGUUGAAAUUGCAAAGACAGGGGGAGUUGAAGGUUCCACUUCUUGAUGAGAAGGCUCAUUUUAAUGUUCCAUAUAGAUUUCUGUAUAGAAAAUUGCCUUUGGGAUUCAGUGUUGGAUGACAAAUAACAUAUUGUUUCAAGUAGUUUCUAACCCCGCCCCUAGUCUAUAAAAAUGACAUGCGUUCUUUUA